UGAUGCUAUGCUGAAAAAAUAUUAAACCUUAUUCAUGGUUCAUUAAACAAUGAAAUUGUAUCAAUGAUUUAAUACACAUAAUUACUUUCUACCUUACUUGGUAGUUUGGACAGUUACUAAAAUACACAAAUAUGUCGAUAAAGUCAUUUUUUUUAUCAGCUGAAUAUAUAUUUUUAUAAGAAAACUGUAUUUUUAACUAUAAUAAUGAUAAUUCAUUACAUAUUUUUAAUGUAUUAUAUUUAAAAUUGUUCAAAUGUUAUAUUUAUUCUAUUUGAUUUUAAAAAGUUGACAGUGAAUGGUUAAAUUAUUUGAAGAAGUAUAAUUAAAUAUUAUUUUGAAGAAUAGUGAUUUGUUAAAAAAAUUUAGUUCUUUUUUCAAUUUAGUAGUUUAUAUAAUAAAUAUUUGCUACAAUAAUGACAAAGGUGAUUUAAUCAUUUUAAAAAAUGAAGCAAAGAUUGUUAUCUUUAUAAACACUGAGAUACAUUUAUAUACUGAUGUGAUGGUUCAGUUAAAGUUAUGACCUUGAUAUAUAAAUUCUAUGUGUUCCAUUUAUUUCAAUAUAUUAUUUGUUCAUAGUUUAUGUUUAAAUUAUAUAAUAGCACAAAUUGAACAAUUGUUCAACAUAUGUACCAUAUAAUUAAUAUAACACUUUGUUGACUAUUAUAACUUUCUUUUUAUUGAUUAUGGGUUUUAUAGUUACACCCUUGAAAAGGAAGGUAUAUGUUUGGCUUUUAUAGUCUGUUCAAAUGAAUUAGGUAUAACAUGAUUUAUUUUUUGGAGAAAACUUUCUCUAAAUUUUCUUGGGGUGUUAAGCUUUUUGUUGAAUUCAAAUAUUUAUUUAUAUUAGGCCUUCUUUCACUAUCUUCUAACUGUGUUCUUAUCUUUUGGAGUUUUAAACAAAGGUAUUUAAUUGAAGAUUUAUUAAGAACAAUCAAAGCAAAUUUGACGGCUGUAAGUUUAAUGUUGUACUUUUUGUCUUGUACUUAUAAUAGGCAUGCAAUACAUUCAUGUUUUGCAAAAUGCCUGGCUGUUUUAUCCUGCAGUAAAAAUAUAUAUCUUAAAAUGUCAUCAGUAUGGAUCAUAGCUGGUAUGCAUAUAUUUUGGUCAAUUGUAUUUUUUGUCAAUUCAAUUGCAGCCAUUGAGCCUGCUUUCAGUCUAUUACUACAGGCUCAAGAUUUUGUCUGUUUCAUCUUCGAAAUGCAAUUCUACGUAUUAUUAAUGCUGAUAAAAUAUUCACUUGAAAUGAUAACUAAUAGGAUAUCUGAUUUUAUUCUUAUGAUUAAGGAAAACCAAGUUGGCUCAAAACUUAUUCUGCCCGACUACAUGGCUAGUUGUUUCGAAGACACAAGACUCUUGCAAAUGGAAGUUUACGAGAUUAUGGUUUCAGUUAAUAAAAUAUAUGGUUAUCAUACUUUUGCCAUAAUUAUUAAAUCAAGAAUAUUAUUUACCAUGAAUUUAUACUCUUACAUAACAAGUUCUGAUUCUAUGGAACUUUUGGAAAGUAUAGUUACAUUUCAACGAAUUGCAUUACUAUGUUACUGUAGUGAGCUGAUCAAGAGAAAUGAGAAAAAAAUCAAAAGUGUGAUAAUUGAAAUGGAUAUCAAUUUACUACCAGAGAAAUAUUAUCAUCAGACACUUUUAUUUAAUCAUCAAGUAGAAAAACUAAAUUUUGACUUUGAAGCUUGUGAAAUGUUUCCUAUUAAUUUAGAAACAUUUUUAUCAAUUGUUAUUACAACUGCAAGUUAUUUACUUUUAUUUAGCCAAUUAAAUAUAAGUUUUUAAAUUGUUUGAAUUUUAAAAAAAUUAUAGUUGUAUCUCCUGACAAUUUACUGUAGCAAGAUAUAUUUAACAUUUAAUGGCACCUUAUGCCUGAAAAUAUUUUGUUCUAAUUAAUACUAUUGUUCAGGACUUCAUUUUUAGUUUUUUAUUUCACCUUAAUUUUAGCUUAACAUUUUUAAUUAAGUAAUAUAUUGCACAUAUAUACAUUUUA